AUGUACCUCAAAGAACUCCUCCUUGUAGCAGUCAUCUGUAUUGGUGUGUCCUCUGUAGUUGGUGAAUGUGAUAUCGGCUGGGCGGAGUUUAAGGAAGACUGUCUAUGGUUCAGUUCAUCAACAGCCACCUGGGGUAAUGCAGAGGCCAAAUGUCGCACCAUGGGAGCCUACCUAGCGACGGACGAUAACGAAGACAAGCACGAUUUUCUCACCACCAUUCUCAACGUUCUCCGAGAUUGGAAAGCAUCAGUUUGGUUCAUUGGAGGAACUGACUACACUUUUGAGGGUCAGUACAGAUGGCUAGAGACCGGUAUGCACGUGGGGCCUUUCACGAGAUGGGCCCCUGGUCAGCCAAACGGCACAAUGGGAGAGAACUGUAUUGGAUUGAGGUGGGACGGGAAUGUUCUGCUUUGGACGGAUGAACCUUGUCAAACCCCUCAUGUACCCCACGGUCAACAUCACAGCCACGCUCCUCCUCUUGGAAACUACCACUACAUCUGUGAGAAACAUAAUAACGUGACAGCACCUGCAGUCAUAGGCUAAUCUGAUCAGAUUACAACAAGGACAUGUACUAAC